CACUAGCAGUUUCUAAGCGUACCACAGCUCCCAUAAACCUUAAGUGCUCUAAGGAACUAACUUCAAGUACCGAAAUGCUCUAAGUGUUUCCGUGACUACCGCGUUGAUCCAUGGGGCUUGUAGUAACCUAGGACUUUCAAGGCAACAACAAACAAAUAAACAAACUACGAAUCCCAGGAACCCCUGCGUCAGAGGAGGGUUUCUCUCAGUCUUUCAGCGCACCAUUUACUCCACCUUCGGACUCCAACUCCCGCCAUGCUUUGCACUGAGUUCCCUGAGGUAGAGAAUGGGCUGUUGCAAAAGUGUUCUCUGGGAAUUAUAGUUCUUAUGUUUGUGAGGCGAGUGGUAGGCGGAGUGACUCGGCGGCCAUUAGCUGUGUGUAGUUGCCUGGCGCUAGGAGCUUAAGUGAAGCGGGAAUUCUUACUCGGUGUAAAUCAACCCCGGCCAUGGGUUCCUGCCGAGGAUAGCCCUAGAACACGGAGCAGGGGGCGCUUUCCAGUUCCCCGCCUUGCCCAGUGGUGGGGCCUACUAGGCCGCCGGGACAUCCCGGGUCUCAAGUAGGCCUAGUCUGCGGGCAAGGGCGUCCCAAAGGCGGGAGGCGCCAUGUCUCUGGUUGCUUAUGCCAGCAGCGAUGAGAGCGAGCCGGAUGAACCGGAGCCGGAGCCGGAGGAAGAGGAUGUGGCGGCUCCUAUGCCCGGGCCCACUUUAGGAGGCCUGUUCGCUUCCCUGCCCGCACCCAAGGGUCCGGCCUUGCUGCCCCCGCCCCCUCAAAUGCUGGCUCCAGCCUUUCCCCCGCCUCUGCUGCUGCCCCCGCCCACCGGAGACCCCAGGCUGCAGCCUCCUCCACCUUUGCCCUUCGGCUUGGGCGGCUUCCCGCCACCUGCAGGAGUGAGCCCAGCUGAAGCUGCGGGAGUCGGGGAGGGGCUGGGGCUGCCGUCGCCCCAAGGCCCUGGUCUCAGCCUGCCCCCAGCUGUGGGCAGCGUCGGACCCCCCUUGGGGCUUCCCAAGCCAAAGAAGAGGACCGAGCCGGUGAGGAUCGCGGCGCCGGAGCUGCAUAAGGGCGAUUCAGAUUCUGAGGAAGAUGAACCUGCAAAGAAGAAAACCGUCCUGCAGGGAUCCGGCGAGGGGACUGGUUUGUCUGCCUUGCUCCCCCAACCUAAAAACCUGACUGUGAAAGAGACUAACAGGUUGCUCCUGCCCCAUGCCUUCUCCCGGAAACCCUCAGAUGUCUCCUCAGAUGCUAAGCCCUCUAGACUGGCUUCUAAGACCAAGCCUGCCUCACUUGCUCCUGUUUUGGGCACCACAACCACCACUCCGUCACCCUCUGCCAUCAAGGCUGCUGCCAAGAGUGCUGCCCUGCAGGUGACGAAGCAGAUCACACAGGAGGAUGACGACAGUGAUGAGGAAGUUGCUCCUGAGAACUUUUUCUCCCUCCCUGACAAGGCUGAGCCCCCUGGAGUUGAGCCAUACUCUUACCCUGUCCCCACUGUCCCUGAAGAACUGCCUCCAGGCACAGAACCAGAGCCAGCUUUCCAGGACGACGCAGCCAAUGCCCCCCUUGAGUUUAAGAUGGCAGCAGGGUCAAGUGGGGCCCCCUGGAUGCCGAAGCCUGGGGAUGACUACAGCUACAAUCAGUUUUCCACAUAUGGCGAUGCCAAUGCCGCUGGUGCUUAUUAUCAGGAUUAUUACAGUGGUGGCUACUAUCCUGCACCGGACCCGGCUCUGGUCCCUCCCCAGGAAAUCGCCCCAGAUGCCUCCUUCAUUGAUGAUGAAGCAUUUAAGCGGCUGCAGGGCAAGAGGAAUCGCGGGAGGGAGGAGAUCAACUUUGUGGAGAUCAAAGGUGAUGACCAGCUCAGUGGAGCUCAGCAGUGGAUGACCAAGUCGUUGACAGAAGAGAAGACCAUGAAGUCCUUCAGCAAAAAGAAAGGUGAGCAGCCAACUGGCCAGCAGCGGAGGAAACACCAGAUCACAUAUCUGAUUCAUCAGGCUAAGGAGCGGGAGCUGGAGCUGAAGAACACCUGGUCAGAAAACAAGCUCAGUCGCCGCCAGACCCAAGCCAAAUACGGGUUCUAGGGCUCAGGGACUGAUGGCCCGGGAUCUUCUGUCGGCCCUGCUGGCCCGGCCCCAGCUUCACCCCAGGACCCCAGCUGCUCUAAGUCCAGGACCUCCACCUUGAGGACCCAGCCCUCACCUCUGGGAGAAGGAACAUAUUUGAUAGAUUUUUCUUAACAGUUAGAAAAUUCAGCUCCUUUCUGCGCUGGGGCUGGAGAGACUGCUGCCCCAGAGGCCCCGAGUCCUUGGUUGGGAGUUUUGCUCCCUGUCGGUGUGACGAGACGUUGAACUCUCCCACGGUCUUUUUUUUUUUU